AACCAGACAACACAUACAUCUCUCAUCUCUCUAUUCUCUCUCACUGUAAACUUCAAAUAAUGAUGGGAUACCAAACAAACGCUAAUUUCUCCAUGUUGUACGACCAAGACCACCCUCAUAAUUAUGAUUAUGAUGACCUCUCUUCAUCAACUUCUGUUGAUUGCACUCUCUCCCUUGGAACACCAUCUACUCGUCUCGACAAACACCGUAGAUUUUCUUCUGCCAAUUCUAACAACAUCUCCGGCGACUUCUUCUUUCACGGAGGAAGCGCAAAAACGACGUCUUACAAAAAGAGCGGUAGUGAGCACAACCUGCCUCGCCGUUGUGCUAGCUGCGACACUUCUUCUACUCCUCUAUGGAGAAACGGACCAAAAGGGCCUAAGUCGUUAUGCAAUGCGUGUGGAAUCAGAUUCAAGAAGGAAGAGAAGCGUGCAGCUGCCAGAAACUCAAUAACGUCCGGUGGUGGUUCAUCAGUGGCAGAAGUUCCGGCAGAGAACCCGUACAACGGAGGUGGAAACUAUUACACUCAUCAUCACCAUGCUUCCUCGUCACCGUCGUGGGCUCAUCAGAACACACAAAGAGUUCAGUAUUUCUCGCCGGCACCGGAGAUGGAAUAUCCGUUCGUUGAUGACGUCACGGCUGCCUCGUUUAUGUCUUGGAAUUAACGUCACGGAAACCAAUGGCCUUCUCCACCAUUUUUGACGAGAUGAAUGAAGAAACGUUACCUAUGGAAGGUCUUGUCAUAGAUUCUCACCCAAAGUAAAUCAGUCCUGGUCAAAUUCAUUAUAAAGUUUCUUUUUAUUUAUUUAUUUCUUACAUCGACACUAUCUCCUUGUGUUUUCUUUUUAUGUCUUUUUGAAAGAUAUAUAUACGUACUGUAGUGUUUAU